AUGGCCUUUGAUACAUCCCAAAGCCAAGUCGACUUCUGGCUCGAUAACUUACCACAUGAUACCGCUGCGUUUCCCUCUCUAGACCUCAAGCGCCGACGAUCAUCCGAGCAUAGCGAAUCGCGCAAACGACGUCAUCCAAUUUCUCCUCCAAGAUCGGGCGCAGGACAUUCUUCUCCAUCGCCUGAGCCCGAUCUCAUGCUUCCCUCGACACCGAACAAGUCUUUAGUAAAGCGGCCCUCGGACGAAGCAAAUACCGAUAAGGACGAAACACCACGAGCUAGUACAAGAAGUGAGAGAGGGCCAAUAAGCAAUGCACCUGAUUUUAAAGCUCGAAGCCAAAGUACAAGCCAGAGCGAUACUUGCUCGCGCGGUAGCAAACGAUCGAAACGGUCUCAAUCACCAACGAAAAACUUCCCCUUGUAUGGUCCCGAAGGACGCCGUCUUGUCAGAGCCUCGCUUGGCUUUACGAACGCACUUACGCUACCUCAAGCUCUACGACAACUUAUUGGUGAGAUGAGAUGCGUGUCGGCGAAGAAUGGAAUUAUGCCGCAGAGGUUCAAGACAGAGUUGGAGAAGCUUCCUGAGGUGGAAUGUUUCAUGGAACCAUUGUUUGAUUACAUGUUCUAUGAUGACGAGAUAGGCGCUGAAAGUGAAAGACUGGUAAAACGGGCUGGUGCAGAGGAGUUGGUCCGCAGGGCUUCUCGUAUCGCUGAACGGUCUAGUGACUGUGCCAGCAUGCUAAGCGACGAGGCAGCUUGGAAUGGCCUGGUGCAUACGCCGUUGCUGGAGAUGCUGGUUUCUGAUAUGAGAGAUGCACCGGAACAUAAGAUCUUGGACUUCAUGCCAUGUACCACGACCAAUAUCGACUUGCCAUAUCACAGGUUUGCUGAAAGCGCAAGUCGUGUUGACUAUAUAUUUCGAUUCCAUCCUAAACACGACAUUGCCAUCUUGACUGGGAAUGCACCACUGCCAUCGCAACAAGAGCCACAGCAAAUACAACCAGAGACCGCGCCAUGUUGCAACUGGACAUCUGACAGGAUGCUACAACAGUACCCUUUAGGCAUCUCCAUCGAAACUAAGCGUCACGGCGGCGACAUAGCUAAAGGUGAACAGCAGCUCGCCAUCUGGCACGCAGCCCAAUGGGAGUUCCUUCGCUCACGCGCUGGUCCUUCUGCCGUCGGUGAACUUGGUUUUCUUCCCGGUAUAGUGGUACAAGGUCACUCUUGGUCACUUGUCAUCACGACCUGGAAUCAAGCUAUAACGACGGUACUACCGAAUGUGGAAUUUGGAAGGACGGAUUCGACUGUUGGUGUGCUUCAGGUCAUCGCUGGGUUACGGAAAUUGAGGGCUUGGUCGAUGGAUACGCUUUGGCCAUGGUAUAAAAGGAAUUUGCCUGAGCUAAGGAACUCGACUGCUGACAACUAA